AUGGCAGCCGUAGAUCUGGUGGUUGUUGGCGCCGGCUGGAGCGGGCUCGCCGCCAUCAAGACCUAUCGUGAAGUCCACCCCGACAGCCAGGUGCUCCUCCUAGAAGCUGCCGAUUCGAUUGGCGGAGUGUGGGCCAAACACCGGCUGUACAGCGGUCUGAAGACUAACAACAUGCUCGGCACGUACGAGUUCAGUGAUUUCCCCAUGGACGAGGAGACCUUCGGUGUUCAAGCUGGUCAGCACAUUCCUGGUGAUAUGGUGCAGCGCUAUAUGGAAGAAUACGCGAAACACUUUGGGUUCUCUCAGCUCAUUCGCGUCCGCCAUCAGGUGGAGAGCGCGAAGAAGAACCUAGAUGGAACAUGGCAGCUGACUGUGCUGCAUGAUUCCAAGUCCAAGACUCUGGACACCAAAAAGCUGAUCGUGGCCACUGGCAUCACCUCGCAGGCAUACUUACCCACUUUCAUGGGCCAAGAAUCCUUUGACGCGCCCAUCUUCCAUUGCCGCGAUCUGCGGCAGCAUGAGUCCCAGAUCUUGCAGACUGGUCAACGGGUCACGGUAUUUGGAGGCACCAAGUCGGCAUGGGAUGCGGCAUAUGCAUGUGCAACGUCAGGAAUGAAGGUUGACUGGGUCAUCCGCGAAUCUGGUCACGGCCCCAUCUGGAUGGCGCCGCCGUAUGUCACACCCUUGAAGAAGUGGCUGGAGAAGCUGGUCACGACUCGAUUCUUAACAUGGUUCAGUCCUUGUAUCUGGGGGAGCGCCGACGGGUUUCCUCGGGUGCGGAGCUUCUUGCAUGGGACAUGGCUGGGUCGGAAGAUCGUGGAUGCAUUCUGGUCGGUGCUGGCAGACGACGUGAUCCAGCUGAACGGGUACGAUAAACAUCCAGAGACGAAGAAGCUGAAGCCUUGGGUCAGUCCGUUCUGGAUUGCGUCCUCCCUCAGCAUUUUGAAUUAUCCAACCGACUUCUUCGACCUCGUCAGGGACGGCACCAUCCAAGUCCAUGUUGCGGACAUCAACUCUCUGUCCGCCCAUACGGUGCAUCUCUCCACCGGGGACAGUCUUUCAACAACGGCGUUGAUCUGCUCCACUGGCUGGCGCUGCACCCCCAACUUGAAAUUCCUCCCCGAGGGUCUUGACCGUGAGCUGGGAUUCCCGUGGAGCUCAGAUCCAUUGAAUGCCCAAAUGGUCAAGGCGGCCGACGAGGAGAUCCUGAGCCGUUUCCCGCGUCUACAGAGUCCCCCAUGUCCGAAUCCCAAAUACCACCCGCUGAAUGACGAGGCCGAAGCUGCGGUGCCUCACCCUUUCCGGCUCGCUCGUUUCAUGGUCCCCCUAUCCUGUCUCAAGGAUCGUUCUUUGGCUUUCAUGGGGAUUACCAUGACAAUCAACACCACUCUGGUUGCCCAGACUCAGGCCCUGUGGAUCGCUGCGUACUUCGGAGGCCAAUACACCCCAACGGCAACCGAGCACUGCCCUCCGGCCUUGCGUGCCGGACUUGACUCCAAGUCUGAGAACAACGAUGAGCUCGACUUGGCCUGGGAAACCGCUCUUCACACCGAGUUUGGUAGAUAUAGAUAUCCGGCAGGCUUUGGUCGGCGGAAUCCAGACUUUGUAUUCGAUGCCAUUCCGUACGUGGACUUGAUGCUCCGUGAUCUGGGACUCAACCCCGAGCGAAAGAACGGUUUGCUUGCGCAGUGUCUUCAACCCUACGGUGUCGAAGACUAUAAAGGAUUGAUCGAUGAGUGGAAGGCCAACUUGCCAGCUCAUUGA